GAAUGAUAUAUUAAAGCAGUUUGGCAUCUGAUUGGUAGAGGGCGCGCAAGGGAUUUUGUGGUUAUGUUUGUAUGACUGAUAAUGUCAAAUUAUCAAACUGUUUAGUGAUUUGAUUGUUGAUUUUCUACAAUAAACAAUAAACUAAUGAUAUACAAACUGAGAACUAGAAAAGGAUAUUCAAGCAAAACUUAAAAAAAUGGAAAAAGAAAUGGUUUAAGAUGAGAUUAUACACGAUCUUGCAAUUGGGCGUUCUGUUGUCCAUAAUUCUUCUCAUCUUUUAUUUGUAUACUGUGAAAACAAUAAACAAUUCUGUUGGUUUAGAAGAGGAACUUGAAGAACAGGAGCCCAUUAGCAAUGAAGUCGUUACAGAAAAUAUUUAUUUUACAAGGAAUGAUAUUGUCGUGGCAGUUGUUGCAUGUGGAGAUAGACUUCAUGAAACUCUCAACAUGCUCAAAUCUGCCCUGAUGUUUAGUCAAGUGAAGCUGAAUUUUAUAGUUGUCGCUGAGGAUAGGCUCAUUGAUAGCUUCAAUGAAAAGCUUGGCGAAUGGAAAAUUUUCCUGAAUGGAGGAUUCACAUACCAUGUUUUGCCAUUGACUUUUCCUACAGACAAUCCAUUAGAAUGGAAAAACCUUUUCAAGCCAUGUGCAGCCCAAAGAUUAUUUUUACCUAAUAUCCUAAAGGAUGUGGACUCUAUUUUAUACAUGGAUUCAGACACAUUGUUUUUAACUCCUGUAGAAUCAGUCUGGAAUCAUUUCCACAAAUUCAAUGCAACACAAAUGGCUGCUUUGGUGCCAGAACAUGAAGAUCCUAAUGUUGGAUGGUACAAUAGAUUUGCUAAACAUCCAUAUUAUGGAAAACUAGGUGUAAACUCAGGAGUUAUGCUCAUGAAUCUGACAAGAAUGAGAGCCUUCCAAUGGAAAGAAUAUGUAGUUCCUAUUUAUAAAAAAUACAAACUGAAAAUAACUUGGGGUGACCAAGACAUAAUAAACAUUAUUUUUCACUACCAUCCAGACAAGUUAUACAUUUAUUCUUGCCGUUUCAACUACCGUCCGGAUCACUGUAUGUAUACAAGUGUCUGCAAACAAGCAGAGAAAGAGGGUGUGGCUGUGAUUCAUGGUUCCAGAGGCUUCUUCCAUUCAGAAAAGCAGCCGGUUUUUCAAGCUGUUUAUCGAUCAUUCGAGGAGUUUCAACUAGGAGGUGAUAUAUAUAAAGACUUCUACCAACAGCUGGAAUCAUAUUUGGAGUCUGCUCAAAACAACAAUUGCGGCCAUGUUAAAGACAUUUUCUUGAAAAACAUAAGAAAGUAUCUGGACAUUGAUUGAUUAAUCUGUCUAUCAAAAAAGCAGUAAAAGAUAUAAGGUUUGUCUCAAUCGCCUAUUAAUAUUUAUGUGAAAUCAGUAUAAUGAAAAUUGAGAUACUUAUUCUGUGGUUUUAGUCUUAGAUGCUCUCUACUACUUUUUUAAUUAUUUAUAUUCUGAGAUUUAUUUAAAUAUUGAUUUUCCUUUAUAUAAAGAUACAUUUAUUGAUUUUUUACCAAUUAUUUCUGUUGAAUGUUAUACAGUUAUAUAAAAAAUCGUAUGUACCAUAUGUUUGUCCAAACUCCAUGUCUCAUAUGUCAACUAUUUUGAUAGAUCUGAUAAGUAAAACUGCCAUGGUGUGUAGAUCCAAAGAAGGUAUCAAAUGAUGUACCUUCACAUUCCGCAACGAAAAAUGCUUGCUGUGUAUUUUCAGUUGCAUUUUAUGCUGGAACUAUUUUGUAUAUUUGCCUUUAGAUACAUAUUUUUGUAAUUAUUGUUCGCAUAACUGUACUGUACAAAAAUAAAUAUUGACAGUUUAA